UAGAGAGAGAAAAUUCACAAACCCUAAAAUUUAGCAGGCGUAGAGGUCGUCGUCAUGGCCAUGGCUUUCGCUUUUUUUACCUCUCCUUCCAUUGCAAUGAGGAGAGAUAAUCAUCACACAUGUGGACACGUAUACACGACAACUGCUCUCCAUCUCUCGAAAUCAACGGCCAGAUUAAAUCAAAUCUCUUUUUGGACGGCCUGGAUCUCGUACGCUAAGAGUCUGCCUUUCAAAGUCAUGGAUUCCUUGUUCCUUUAUUUAGAGAGGAAGGAAAGAGAGGUUUCGGACUCUUCUGGUGCACAUUUUCAAUGAGGAAUUUUGAGUGGUUGCAGGGUUUUCUCGAUUAAGUCGUCGCUUUUAACCUAUGCUUUGGACUCUGUUUCCAAAAGAUUUGUUGCAUUUUAAGGAGGAAUUUCUGAGCUUAUAUUGUUGAAGGAGUUAUCGUAAAAGGGAGAAGAGUAAUUGACAAUCACGAGUGUGACACUUGGUUGUUCCCUUCUGCUUUCUCUCCCCUAAAUAACCACCAAUGGGUUGGGGCAGUAUUUACAAAAGGCGCGUUAAGGUUUUCACUGUCGCAUUGAUCAUAUAUCUAGACUACAAGGCCUUGCAGAAGAGAGAGAAAUGGUUUAGCAAACCAAAAAGAUCUGCAUUAUGGGAAAUGGCUCAUGAACGCAAUGCCAAGCGGGUCUUGAAUUUGAUAAUAGAGUUGGAAGGUUUGUGGGUGAAACUUGGUCAAUACUUGUCAACAAGGGCUGAUGUUCUUCCUGAGCCCUAUAUAACUCUCCUUAAGCAAUUGCAAGACUCUCUUCCUCCACGUCCGUUGCAAGAGGUUUGUCACACCAUAGAGAAAGAAUUGGGCAAAUCCACGAGUGAUCUUUUCUCAAGAUUUGUUGAGACACCUCUUGCAACAGCAUCAAUUGCGCAAGUCCACCGUGCAUGUCUUAAGGAUGGUAAAGAGGUGGUUGUCAAAGUACAGCAUGAAGGCAUCAAAGCAAUCAUAUUGGAGGACCUGAAGAAUGCAAAGGCUAUAGUUGAUUGGAUUGCUUGGGCAGAGCCGCAGUAUAACUUCAACCCAAUGAUAGACGAGUGGUGCAAGGAAGCUCCUAAAGAACUUGAUUUCAACCUUGAAGCAGAAAAUACAAGAACAGUUUUUGAAAAUCUUGGAUGUAAAAGAGGGCACAACUUUCCUAUAUCCUCUAAUCAUGUCGAUGUGUUGAUCCCAGAAGUUAUUCAGUCAACCGAGAAAGUCCUUAUUUUAGAAUAUAUGGAUGGAGUUCGCCUGAAUGACUAUGAUGCAUUAGAAGCAUUAGGAGUGGACAAGCAAAAUCUUGUCGAAACAAUCACCAGGGCCUAUGCUCAUCAGAUCUAUGUUGAUGGUUUUUUCAAUGGCGAUCCUCAUCCUGGAAAUUUCCUUGUGAGUAAGGAACCUCCAUUUCGACCUGUUUUACUUGAUUUUGGGCUUACAAAGUUGAUAUCAAAUUCAAUGAAGCGAGCCCUUGCUAAGAUGUUUCUGGCCAGUGCUGAGGGGGACCAUGUGGCGCUAUUGUCUGCUUUUGCUGAGAUGGGACUUCGUUUGCGUUUAGACAUUCCAGAGCAGGCCAUGGAGAUAACUAACAUAUUCUUUCGCACAUCAACGCCAGCCACUGAAGCUAUUGAAAACAUGAAAUCCUUGGCCAAGGAAAGAACAGAAAAAAUGAAGGUCAUCCAAGAAAAGAUGAAAACUGAGAAGAAGAAAAGCAAAACUUUGAAUCCUGUUGAUGCUUUUCCUGGUGAUGCAGUUAUCUUUACUAGGGUUUUGAAUCUUCUUCGAGGGCUUUCGGCUAUGCUGAAUGUUCGUAUAGCUUACCUGGACAUCAUGCGGCCUUUUGCUGAGACUACCCUCUUAGGAACACCUGGAAUUGGGUCUGAAAUGAACAGGCCAUGGAUUUUUGAGACACCUGCUCUUUCUGAUGUGGAGGUCAAACUUAGGAAGCUCCUACAUGAGUUUGGGAGUAACAAAAUACUCGGGAUUCAGAUUCACUAUUGCAAAACUAUUUCUAUUGCUUUCAGGGUCUGUGCAUACAAAGAUGGAAAGGUUGUAAUUGAUACUGCAGCUGGUGUGCUUGGGAGAUAUGACCCUAGACCAGUUCAACAUGAUAGCCUAUUUCCUAUGUUUUCUGCAACAAAGGGCGUCACUGCUGGGAUGUUACAUUGGUUGGUAGAUAAUGGAAAGUUAAAGCUCGAUGAGAGUGUUGCAAAUAUUUGGCCGGAGUUUGGCACCAAUGGAAAAGAGUCAACAAAGGUUCAUCAUAUACUUAACCAUACUUCCGGGCUGCAACAUGCAAUGGGGGAGGUCAUGAGAGGAGAUCCUUUGGUGAUGUGUGAUUGGAAUGAGUCAUUGAAACGCAUGACCAUGGCUUCUCCUGAGACUGAACCUGGGUCUGAGCAGUUUUAUCACUACUUGUCCUUUGGCUGGCUUUGUGGUGGAAUAGUAGAGAAAGCAUCCGGGAGAAGCUUCCAAGAGGUUUUGGAGGAAGCUUUUGUUCAUCCCCUCAACAUAGAAGGAGAGUUCUACAUCGGCAUCCCACCAGGUGUCGAGUCUCGACUAGCAACACUUACCCUCGAUACAGACGACCUGGAGACCUUUGCAGGGAGAAUUGGUCAGGCUAAUACUGUGUCUGCUUUACCCGUGCUAUUUAACACGCUCAACAUAAGGCGUGCCAUAAUACCUGCUGCUAAUGGGCAUUUUUCAGCCCGGGCACUAGCUCGGUUUUACGCAACCCUAGUCUCAGGAGGCUCCAUCCCUCCUCCCCAUAGCCCCAGAGAACCCCCCUUAGGUAGUCAUCCUCACAUCCCUAAGUUCCCCUCACAAGAAACCAAAAUCAAGACCAAAAGAAGUAGCAAGAACAAGAACACAGCCAAAACUAACAAUGAUAAGAAGCACAGCAACGAGGAUCUUCCCAGUGGCUCCAUCAAUCACAACAAUAAGUUUUACAAUGGUAAUGGAACUAGCAGUGAUGGUAAUACUAAAAUUUUUAAGAGCCCAUCCAUAAGGGAUGCAUUUAUGGGGGUGGGGGAUUAUGAAGGAUUAGUGCUCCCUAAUGGGAAGUUUGGGCUUGGGUUCAGGAGGUUUGGGUCAGGUUGUUUUGGUCACUCAGGGAUGGGUGGUUCAACUGGUUUUUGUGAUGUGAAGCAUGGGUUUGCAAUGGCUGUGACUUUGAACAAGAUGUCUCUUGGUGGGGUGACUAGAAAGGUGGUUCAGUUGGUUUGCUCUGAGCUUGGUGUUCCUUUGCCUGUUGACUUUGCAGAAACUGGGGAAACUGGACCGGACAUGCAGCCUACCAUUAGAACAUAUUAAUUUGAAGAAAACAAAAGAAUUAAGUUAUAAAGAUUUAUUGAUAGCAUGGUUUGGAAUUUUGAUUUAUAUGUUGUGAUUAUAGUAUAUUUAGGGGCUUGGGUCCUUGGCGAUCUGAGAAUCUCUUGUUUGUAUUGGCAUGUUUAGGUGUUAUUGAGUGCUUGAAAAUGGUUCAACAAAGGAGCCACGAGCUAUUUUGCAA